AUGUCUAACACGAUUGAAGGUUUGGGGAACAGCCAACACAAAGUAUUGGUGUUCUUCAAAUUGCAACCCACCGUGAUCACAGAAGAAAAUCUUCACCAGAGUUUAUUAGUGUCGUCCAUGUUGGAUUCUCCAAUCAACACGUUGUACCAAGCUGUUAAACAGGUCUUUGCACCUGUGCUACUAAAGGACGAGCACUGGCGAUCUGCCCUUGAUCCAAAGUUAGCAGAUCUUCUAAGUGAACUUGAACAGGGCUUGGGCUCAGUGAUCCGCCAUCAUGGAGUUGACCCUUCCUCAAAGAACAACUUUAGGGAAGAUGACGUAUUAGGUAUUCUGACUCCUGCUGAUGAGUUUCAGUAUUGGAUAGAUCUUGCUCUGAAUGCAGAAAAAAUCACUGUGCGAGAGAGAGCUGCACAUUUUGCAGAGCUGUUUACACCAAUACAAAAGGAGUAUGCAGGACUCGACAGUUUGUCCAUGACAGAUGUUGUCGAUUUGUUGGAGCACAGCAAAGACGCUCUUGAUGAUGUUUGGAAGCAAACCGAUUAUGAUCCUUAUUUCGAAACUCGUAUGACUCGUCUCAUGGAUGUGAUUGCUGGUGCAUUUGGAAGGUAUGUCCAAAGGAAACUUGGUUGUCAUCAAAUCUUUGAGGAGCCAUUCACUUUGGUGAUAGACGACCUCAAAACUGGAAUCUUAAUCUGUGAGCAGUGGGUGGUGAUCUGUGAGCAUCUGACUGGCCAGGUGUGGAAAAGAUACUCUCUUCAUCUAUGGAACGGAAACAAGCAUUGCCCACAAGUUUUACAAGGCCUUGCUAAAAGAUUAGAGGAAAUAAUCACUCUGCGGAUUGUCCAUGAAAAACUGUUGUGUUUGCUGUCGGAGGCCAAACGGGAGGCUCUGACGGCAGAUGUGGUGUUUGAGCCAUUCUCAGGACUCAACCCUUUGCUUUACAACUCCUACACUGAGCCACUUUGGAAGGCAGCAGUGGCUCAGUUUGAGCGGCUGAUGUCACCAUCAGAGCAGGAAGUUGCAGGCAGACUAAAGAAGUAUAUUGCAGAUGUGCAGAGCAAUCCUCAACAGUUGUUGCAUGUGUUUCAAAGACACAAAGAGUUAAUCCAGCGGCCCAGCAUCCGGAAAGAGCUGCAGUCAGAGAGGGAAAUCUUACUUGCCAGACUACUGGAUUACAACAGAGUACUUAAGGCUGACUUUGAAGCUCGUUGUCAUGGGGCACCCAGAGAUAACAGUGGAACUUACAUUGGUAGAAACCUACCUGAAGUGGUCCAAAAAAUUGUUUGGGUCCGACAGUUCAUUCAUAAGCUUGAAGAUUCGUCUCGCAUAGCUGAAGCUCUUCUUACAGAUCUUUCUGGCUUCAAAGGGUUUUUGCGGUUCUCUGAUGACCUUCUAGAUGUGUUGAGAGCCUAUGAGCAGGAGCAAUUUGAAGACUGGUCUAGAGACAUCCUAUCUGGACUAGCAGAUCCCAAAUCAGGAAUAAGUUUGCAAGCCAGUAGUCGUGUGAUGGACCUAGAUCAUGCAGAUGGUAGAUUGCAGAUCCAUUAUUCAGACAGACUGGUCAGUCUGCUCAGAGAGGUCAGGCAGCUGUCUGCUUUAGGCUUCCCCAUCCCAGCGAGGAUACAACAAGCUGCUAAUACUGCAGACAAGUUUUACAGACAAGCCAUUGUCUUAAAACAGGUUGCACAUUUUUACAACACUAUUGACCAACAGAUGAUUUCCUCUCAGAAACCCAUGAUGCUUGGUUUGGCAUUAGCUUUUGAACAGGUCAUCAAGAAUCCGCGCUCCAAUUAUAAGGAUUCAGGUGGAAAACUACAGAUUACAUGGGACAAUCCUAAAGAAUUAGAAGUUUAUAUUGGCAGCCUUCAAACCGCUGCUGAGAAACUGUCAAUAGAGAACAGGAAAUUAAGAAAAUGGCACAUGGAUUUCAUUGACAAGGUGGGGGCACUCAUGAAUAUAGAUCUACUAAGGCAUCAACAGCAAUGGAAGGAAGGACUUCAGGCCCUUCGUGACGGCUUUUCUGCACUGGAGGCUCAAGGCUUCAGCUCUGAGGACAUGUUUGCUUGGAAACAGCACUGGAAUUAUCAGCUCUACAAGGCCCUUGAACAUCAAUAUCAAGUGGGACUGGAAGCUCUCAACAAGAAUCUGCCUGAAUUACAGAUCGAUCUUAUUUUUAAGCAGGGGCGAUUGCAAUUUCGUCCUCCAUUUGAGGAAGUUCGAGCUCGAUAUUUCAAGCAGAUGAAAAGGUUCAUUUCCAUCCCCAACCAGUUCAAAGGAGUCAGCGCUCAGGGAGACGAGUCUAUCUUCUGCAUAAUGAUCGACAGGAAUGCCUCUGGAUUUCUCACCAUUUUCACAAAAGCAGAGGAUUUGUUUACGCGUUUACAAGCCAUAAAACGCAUAUUUAUGGACUGGGUGGUACUUGGUCAAGUGGAUUUGGAGAACUUGGUGGAAAAACAUUUGAUCUCGAUGCAGGACUGGGAAAAAACCUUUAAGGCCCUUAAAGCUAAAGGGAGGGCAUUAGAACAUCUCCCAAGCCAGCAGAAAGUGGAUUGCAUUUCUGUGAACUGUGAACCAGUAAAAGCAGCCAUUGAUGACCUCAUUCAAAGGCUAUUUGAUAUCCUCCUUAUAUCACUAAGGAAGUCUAUACAAGGCCACACACAGGCCAUCGAGAGUUUUGUAUCUGAGUCAACAGAAGCCCUGUCCGUUAGACCAGAAAGCAUGGAGGAAAUAAGUUCAACCCGAGGGCAAUACAACCAAAUAUUGUCCAGAAAGCCAGAGAUCCUACAACAGUUUCAAAGUGCAGAGGAGAAGAACCGUUUGCUGCGUUCUGUGGCUGGAUCCGGUCUAGACUCCAUCGCUCUUUUAAAGGCAAAAUGGGAUAAACUUGAGCUGAUUAUGGAGAGCCACCAGCUCAUGAUAAAAGAACAGGUGGAGGUAAUGCGCAGUAAAGUGGCAAGUCACAUGCACACCUACAGAGCUGAUUUGGAGAGGUUUAAGGCACGUUGGGACCAACUCAAGCCCAAAGAUGAUAUUUUUGAGACUGGGGACAACGCUGCCUUACUUGGAUGUCUUCAGACCAUCAAAGAUAAACAGCAAGAGUUCCAAGAAUUAGAACUUGUGAGACAAAAAUUGCUUGAGGAUUGUACCUAUUUUAACCUGGAGCAUCCAGAUUUCUUAUCUGCUGAAGAGACAAAACGGGACAUGGAAGAGUACAGUCAGAUGUGGAGUUUGUAUGAAGAGUGGCACGAGGGUUUUACUGAAAAGGCUCAAGAGGACUGGAUAACAUUUAGGAGCAAAACAUAUCUUUUUGAGGAGUUCCUCUUUAAUUGGGAAGAUAGACUUCGGAAAUUGGAACAUCACACAGCAAUGUCUGUUAAACUGCAAGCAGAGGUGGACAAAUACAAGAACAUGGUGCCAGUGCUGAAGUAUGUACGUGGUGAACACCUGUCCCAGGAUCAUUGGUUGGACAUGUUCAGAUUGUUGGGUUUACCUAAAGGCACUACACUUGAGAGACUUACUUUCCAGAACAUUCUCAGUGUAGCUGAUACCAUAGUAGAAAAAGCUCUUCAACUGAAGGAUCUAAAUAGCCGUGCACAGGCAGAGGUGACGAUCAGAGAAGCACUGAGGGAUCUCGACGUGUGGGGAGUGUCGUCCACAUUUACUCUAACUGAGUAUACUGACACAAACGGCCGCAGCCUCUCCUUAAUCAAAGACUGGAAGGACAUAGUGAAUCAGGUUGGAGACAGCCGGUGUCUUCUACAGUCAAUGAAAGAUUCUACAUACUAUGGUAGCUUCCAAGACAAGAUCGGUCUUUGGGAGGUCCGUUUGUCAGACCUUGAUGAGUAUCUUCAACGUCUGAAUACAAUCCAGAAGCGAUGGGUUUAUUUAGAACCAAUCUUCGGACGUGGAGCAUUACCACGAGAAGAAGCUCGCUUUAAAAGAGUGGAUGAAGACUUCAGAUCUAUUAUGUCAGACAUUCAAAGAGACAACAGAGUGGUGUCCCUGAGCUCCAGAGCGGGCAUCCGGAACUCUCUGGUGACUAUAGAGGACCAGCUCCAGCGCUGCCAGAAAUCUCUUAAUGAGUUCUUGGAAGAGAAGCGCUCUGCCUUCCCUCGCUUUUAUUUCAUUGGAGAUGAUGAUCUUCUGGAGAUUCUUGGUCAGGCAACAAACCCCACUGUCAUUCAGUCACACCUCAAGAAACUAUUCGCAGGCAUCCAUAGUGUUGUAUUUGAUGAACAGUGUCAGCACAUUGUAGCCAUGUGUUCUUUAGAGGGAGAAACAGUGCAGCUGCAAAAUGAGAUACGAAUCUCAAACAGUGUUGAGGGCUGGUUAGGCCAAUUGUCGUCUGAAAUGAAGGACACUCUGAAGCAUCUCUUACAUAAGUGCAUCUUGGAUGGGAAAAAAGGAGCAAUAGAUCCUUUACAUUAUCCAUCUCAGAUUCUGUGUGUGGCUGAACAAAUCCAAUUUACAGAGGAUGUAGAAAAAGCUAUUAAAGAUCAAAAUCUGCAACGACUGGAGCUGGAGCUUAAUUCUAAACUGGAACAUUACACUGCAGUGGACACUAGUGCAGAUGCCAGUGUUUUGCAGUUGAAGCUAAAGGCUUUGAUCCUAGACAUCAUUCACAAUAUCAGCGUUGUGAAACAGCUCAUUCAGGAGGGAGUUACCAGUGCAAGUGUCUGGACUUGGAAGAAACAGCUGCGAUUUUACAUGUCACCAGAUAAAUACUGCUACAUGCAGAUGGUGGAUGCCCAAUUCAACUAUACUUACGAAUACCAGGGGAAUGCUGCAAAGCUUGUGCACACUCCAUUGACAGAUAAGUGCUACCUGACUCUGACUCAAGCCAUGAAAAUGGGGCUUGGAGGUAACCCCUACGGACCUGCUGGGACCGGCAAAACCGAGUCUGUGAAAGCCCUGGGUGGGCUGUUUGGGAGGCAGGUCCUCGUGUUUAACUGUGAUGAGGGGAUUGAUGUCAAGUCAAUGGGUAGAAUCUUCGUGGGCUUGGUGAAGUGUGGUGCCUGGGGCUGCUUUGAUGAGUUUAACCGAUUAGAAGAAGCAGUGCUAUCAGCAGUUUCAAUGCAAAUCCAGGCCAUUCAAGAUUCACUGAAACAUCACAAGAAAACAUGUGAACUACUUGGAAAAGAGGUGGAACUGGACCCAAAUUCAGGUGUCUUCAUCACCAUGAACCCAGCAGGAAAAGGCUAUGGGGGCAGACAGAAGCUUCCGGACAAUCUAAAGCAGCUGUUUAGGCCUGUGGCUAUGAGCAGACCGGACAACGAGCUCAUCGCUGAGGUUAUACUGUACUCCGAGGGGUUUAAGAAUGGAGAAGUGCUUGGACGGAAGCUGGUCGCCAUCUUCAACCUAGCUAAGGAGCUGUUGUCUCCGCAGCAGCACUACGACUGGGGUCUGCGUGCUCUGAAGACUGUGCUGAAGGCCAGUGGCAGCCUUCUACAACAGCAGAGAAAAAAACAAGAAAAAGACAAGAUUCAAGAGAGUAGUUUGGUGGUGCAGGCUUUACGACUGAACACCAUGUCAAAGCUAACUUUCUCAGAUUGUUUUCGCUUCGAUGCUCUCGUUAAAGAUGUCUUUUCUGGAGUUAACUUUAGUGAUGUUGAAGAUCAACCCCUGAUGGUUGCUCUCGAACAGGUUUAUAAAGAAGCAAGACUUGAAGUUAUACCAAGUCAAUUAAAGAAAGCCUUGGAACUGAAUGAACAGCUAAAACAGCGCAUGGGUGUUGUUAUUGUUGGCCCGAGUGGAGCUGGAAAGUCUACGUUGUGGAAGAUGCUUCAGGCAGCUCAUAAAAAGACGGGCAAAGUGGUAAAACAUUAUACCAUGAAUCCUAAAGCUAUGCCCCGGCAUCAGCUCUUUGGUCACAUCGACGAGGACACCAGAGAAUGGUCAGAUGGCGUUCUUACACACAGUGCCAGAAGUGUGGUGAAAGAACCUCAAGAGGUGAGCUCCUGGAUCGUCUGUGAUGGUGAUAUUGAUCCAGAGUGGAUCGAAAAUCUUAAUUCUGUCCUUGAUGAUAACCGAUUGUUGACCAUGCCAAAUGGAGAGAGAAUACAGUUUGGACCCAAUGUGAACUUCCUAUUUGAAACCCAUGACUUAACCUGUGCUUCACCUGCUACUAUAUCUCGCAUGGGCAUGAUAUUUCUGAGUGACGAAGACAUCAAUGUGAAGGCUUUGGUAAAAUCAUGGUUACACAAUCAGCCAGAACAUUGCCGCAGUAACCUGGAAAACUGGCUUGAUGACUACUUUUAUAGAGCUCUUGACUGGGUUUUUAAACAAAGUGACUGUGUUGUGGAGAUCAGUAAAGUGGGGACGUGUUUUAAUGGUCUCUCACACCUCAGUGCAGUGACAGAGAGAGGUCAGUUUGUUGUCUGCCUUCUGAGGGGUUUUGGAGGAAAUUUGCACUUCAAAUCACGUCAAGAAUUUGCCAAAGAGUUGCUCAGCUGGGCAAGAGAAAACCCUCCCAACAUCAAAAAACCUCUGGACACGUUUUAUGACACCAGCACUGGUCAUCUUUCUGCUUAUGAGCUCCAUCGUCCUGACAGCCUCACACUGGAACAGCUGGCCAACACACAGAAGCUUCCUGUGAUUGAAACUACAGAUAUGCAGAGGAGCCUGGACUGCUUCUCUCCAUGGCUCACUGCUCAGCAGCGACAGCCCUUCAUGGUCCUGGGGCCAGAGGGCUGUGGAAAAGGCAUGCUUCUACGCCAUGCCUUCAACCAGAUGAGGUCCACUCAGGUGGCUGUGAUCCACUGCAGUGCUCAGACGUCCUCCCGCCAUGUUCUCCAGAAGCUCGGUCAGACUUGCUUGUUACUGAGCUCAAACACCGGCCGAGUUUUCAGACCUAAGGAUUGUGAAAACCUGGUCUUGUAUCUUAAAGACAUCAAUCUCCCUAAACCUGACAAAUGGGGCACCAGCAAUCUCAUCGCCUUCCUUCAACAGGUGUUGACAUACAAAGGAUUUUAUGAUGAAAACCUGGACUGGGUCAGUCUUGAAAACAUCCAGGUUGUUGCUUCUAUGUCGACAGGAUGUGCUGUGGGGAGCCAUUCUCUCACCUCUCGCUUCUCUUCUAUUGUCCGCAUCUGCACCAUUGACUAUCCAGACAGAGAACAGCUACAAACAAUCUACUCAGCAUAUUUGCAGCCAGUUCUCCAGCACAGCCUGGGUAGCCAGGCAGAGUGGGCCAGUGCUGGGAGGACACACCAGCUGGCGGCUUCCUUAGUGCAACUUUACGAACAGGUUAAAGUUAAAUUUACAGUUGAUGACCACAGCCAUUAUCUGUUCACACCGUGUAUUAUCACAGAGUGGGUUCUCAGCCUUUUAAGAUAUGAUCUCACUGCUGCUCAAUCUAAUUUGACAGACAGCGUGAUGGAAGUGGUGGCAUAUGAGGCAAGAAGGCUUUUCAGAGACAGACUGGUUUCCCCCAAAGAUCUUCACAGCUUUGAUAAUAUCCUGUCCUCCACCAUUAGAGGGGACUGGAACUCUGAUGCAAUAGAUAACAUGGCAGAUGGUUUCUAUGUGACAUGGGGAGCCUCGGAAGCGACAAUGACUGUUCCAGGCCAGUCUCUACCUCCACAUGGUAAACAGCUAGGACGGCUGAGUUCUAAGGAUUUAAAACGAGUCAUUCAAAAGGGAAUGGUGCUGUACAGUCGAGAUAACAGGGAGCUGGAUCUGCUGCUCUUCAGGGAGGUGUGCGACUUUGUGGCCAGAGUUGAACGUGUCCUCAGCCGACCCGGUGGCUCUUUGCUCCUGGCAGGAAGAAGCGGCGUGGGCAGACACACUGCGACAUGCCUUGUGUCGCACAUGCACGGAUACACACUUUUCACCCCCAAAAUCACAACGGGUUAUUCUGUCAAGCAGUUCAACAAUGACCUUAAAACCGUGAUGCAGCUGGCAGGUCUGGAAGGGCAACAAGUCGUCCUACUGAUCGAAGAUUAUCAGUUUGUCCACACAAGUUUUCUGGAGAUGGUGAAUAGCCUCCUCUCAUCAGGUGAAGUCCCAGGUCUUUACACCCCAGAAGAACUAGAGCCUCUUCUCUCUCCCCUCAAAAAUGCUGCUUCUCAAGAUGGAUUCACAGGACCACUGUACAACUACUUUUCCCACAAAAUACAACAGAACCUCCAUAUUGUUCUCAUUAUGGACUGUUGUGAUCCCAACUUCACAAUCAGGUGUGAAAGUAACCCAGCUUUUUAUCGGAAAUGUUCUGUGCAAUGGAUGAACGGAUGGUCUGACAGUAGCAUGAGAAAGAUUCCCGAGCUUUUUUUAGCAAAAUACGAAGGAGGAGACGGAAAGCCUGAUGGAGAGAAGGCAACCAAAGCCAAACACACUGAUCUUUUCCGGUUGUUCCUUAUGGUCCAUGAAUCUUGCAAAGAAAAUGGUGCCACCCCAAGUCAAUACAUGUCAUUUCUGAAAGUCUACACAAUCUUGCUCAGUCGUAAACAGAGCCAGCUCACAACCCGACUACAACAUCUCCAGGCUGGUGUUUCCAAACUUAAUGAGGCUAAGGAACUGGUUGAUGAAUUAAAGCGACGGGCGGCUGAGCAGAGUGUCUUGUUGAAGACUAAACAGCAGGAGGCAGAUUCAGCCCUGCAGGAGAUCACUACUUCUAUGCAGAAUGCCAGUGACCAAAAGACUGAAAUGGAAAAAAUUAAAGGAAAAAUGGCACAAGAGGUAUCUAAGAUUGAGGAAAGAAAAACUAAAAUUGAUGAUGAACUAAAAGAGGUUCAGCCGUUGGUGGACGAAGCAAAGCGAGCAGUGGGCAACAUCAAAUCUGAGGCGCUGUCUGAGAUCCGCUCACUGCGCAUGCCCCCUGAUGUCAUCAGAGACAUCUUAGAGGGGGUCCUCAGGCUCAUGGGCAUCUUUGACACGUCCUGGGUCAGCAUGAAGAGCUUUUUAGCUAAACGUGGAGUGAAAGAAGACAUAGCAACUUUUGAGGCAAGAAACAUAACCCCUGAGAUUCGUCAGAGUGUAGAGGAACUUCUCAAGAGAAACUAUGCAUCGUUUGAUCCCAAGAACGCAAAGCGGGCGAGUGCGGCUGCUGCACCUCUGGCUGCUUGGGUCACUGCCAAUGUCCAGUACUCACAUGUCCUGGAGAAAAUAGAACCUCUGGAGAGGGAACAGGCUGGACUAGUAGAAAACUUGAGAAAAACUGAAAACAGGAAAAAUAAACUUGAAGAUAUGCUCAAUUCUGUUGGAACGAGAGUCAGUGAGCUCAAAGAGAAAUUCCAGUGUCACACUGCUGAGGCUACUAAGCUUGAAGCAGAAGUGACAAAAGCUCAGGACACCAUCACUGCAGCCGAGAAGCUCAUUUCACAACUGGACGGAGAGCACACACGGUGGAAUGCACAGAUGUCGGAGAUAAAGAAUGAGUUGGAAACUCUCCCUCUCCGAGCCAUGCUAGCAGCUGCCUUCAUCACCUAUCUAUCGGCAGCUCCUGAAGACCGUAGAAGGCAGUGUCUAGAUAUGUGGAUGGCUCAGUCUGGACUGCAAAAAUUUGACUUGCGAUCCUUCCUUUGCACCGAGAGUGAGCAGUUGAUCUGGAAGAGUGAGGGGCUGCCAUCUGAUGACCUCUCUAUGGAGAAUGCACUUGUCAUACUUCAGAGCGUGGCCUGCCCAUUCUUGAUUGACCCGUCUUCACGAGCUACAGAGUGGUUAUGUACGCAUCUGAAGCAGCGCCGAUUGGAGGUCAUCAACUUACAGGACGGGAAUUUCAUGACAUCAUUGGAGUUGGCAGUAAGAUUUGGAAAAACCUUAGUGAUACAAGAAAUGGACAGCAUUGAACCUGUUCUUUAUCCACUGCUGAGAAGAGAACUAAUUGCACAAGGUCCCAGAUAUGUGGUUCAAAUAGGAGACAAAGUCAUUGACUAUAAUGAGGACUUCCGUCUCUAUUUGGCAACACGGAAUCCAAACCCCUGUAUUCCUCCUGAUGCAGCUUCAGUUGUGACUGAGGUGAAUUUUACCACGACGAGAGCCGGUCUCAGGGGACAGCUUUUGGCCCUCACCAUCCAGCAAGAAAAGCCUCAAUUGGAGACUGAAAAGACCAGACUACUUCAGCAAGAAGAAGAGAAAAAAAUACAGCUUGCCACUUUAGAGGAAUCACUGUUAGAGACUCUGGCUACAGCUCAGGGUAAUAUCCUGGAGAACAGAGAGCUGAUUGACAGCCUGAACCAGACCAAGGGCAGCAGUGCCCUCAUCCAGGAAUCACUGGUGGAAUCCCACAGGCUGCAGGCUUCUUUGGACCAGGAGCGAGAUGCCUACCUGCCAUUUGCUGAAAGUGCCAGCAAAAUGUAUUUUGUCAUCACAGAUCUGUCAAGGAUCAACAGCAUGUAUUGUUUCAGCCUGGCCUCUUUCUUGCGUCUUUUCCAGAGAGCCUUGCAGGCAAAGAAGGAAGUGGAGACUACCGAAGCCAGAAUCACUGCUUUGGAGACCAACCUUAAAAAUAUGGUGUAUGAAUAUGUCUGUCGCUCACUUUUUAAGGCUGAUCAGCUGAUGUUCGCCAUGCACUUUGUCAAGGGAAUGCACCCAGAGCUUUUCCAAGAAAAUGAGUGGGAUGCAUUCACUGGAUCUAUUGUUGGAGAAAUGUUUAAAAAAGAGGAUUUCCCAUCUUGGAUCGACCAAGAAAGACACGCUGCAGUGGCUAUUCUAAAAGCAACGUUCCCCGGCCUCUAUCAGUCUUUGUGUUUGAGUGAUGCCAAUCUUUGGCUGUCCUUCUCCAGAAGUUCUCAGUGUGAACAGGAAAUGCCCUCCUCCAUUGUGAAGAAGAUCAGUGCCUUCCAACAGCUUCUGUUGGUUCAAGCCAUCAGACCCGACAGACUACAGAGUGCGAUGGUAGCUUUUGCCUCUCAAACUCUAAGUAUGAAGGAGCUCUCUCUUCCUCCUCUGAACCUUCGGCGACUCUACGCUGAGACUUUGGAAGCAGAGCCGGUGUUGAUUAUCAUCUCUCCAGGGGCUGAUCCCUCACAGGAACUGGCAGAGCUGGCCACAGAGACUGUUGGAAGAGAGAACUAUCAUGAGAUAUCCAUGGGUCAGGGCCAGGCUGAUGUGGCCUUAGCUGCUCUCACGGAGUGUUCGCGAAAUGGAGACUGGCUUUGCCUGAAAAACCUUCACCUUGUUACGGCGUGGCUUCCACGGCUAGAAAAGGAACUAAAUGCCCUGCAACCCAAACCAGGCUUCCGUCUUUGGCUGACAUCAGAAAUACACCCCAAGUUUCCUCCCAUCCUGCUGCAGUCCAGCCUCAAGAUCACCUAUGAGGCUCCACCUGGGUUAAAGAAGAACCUUUUAAGAACUUAUGAAUCAUGGACACCCGAGCAGAUCAGUAAAGGGGGGAUUUUGCCAAGAGCUCAAAGUAUGUUCUGUCUGGCCUGGUUCCACGCUGUGUGUCAAGAGAGACGCAAAUAUAUACCACAGGGCUGGACAAAAUUCUAUGAGUUUUCAUUAUCAGACCUACGUGCUGCUUUUGAAAUUAUUGACAGACUUUUUGAAGGUGGUAAAACAUUUGAAUGGGAGUUCAUCCAUGGCUUGUUUGAAUAUGCCAUAUAUGGAGGACGGAUAGACAACCCGUCCGACCUGCGCAUCCUCCGUUCCUACCUGGAGCAGUUUUUCUCAGCCCGCUUGAUCUCCUCUUCGGCUGGACAGAGGAGAAGCAGAGGAGGGGCACAGGGUUUUCCAUCUCAAAUCACUCUACCAAACUCCUGUUCAAUACUGGACUACCGCAGUGUGAUUGAGAAUCUCCCGGAGGAUGACAGGCCGGCAUUUUUCGGUCUGCCAGCCAACAUUGAGAGGUCCUCCCAGCGGAUCAUCAGCUCUCAGGUUAUUUCCCAGUUGCGUGUCCUCAGCCGCUCUGUAGCCACAGGAUCAAAGUUUGACAGGGAGCUGUGGUCAAAUGGACUUUCACCAAUCCUCAACUUGUGGAAGAAACUCAACCAGGGUUCUGCUCUGAUCCAGCAGAAGACCACCCAACCAGCCGAGGGUCAGGGCUCUCCAGUCUCAUCGUUCAUCGCCUUAGAGGAGUUCAAUGCUAUCACCCUGGUUAAGCGUAUCCAUAAUUCCUUGGCUGCUCUGAGUAAAGUCAUUCGAGGAACACAGCUGUUGAAUCCAGAGGUUGAAAAAUUGGCCACAGCUUUACUCAACCAAGAGUGUCCUCUAACAUGGCAGAAAAGCUGGGAAGGACCAGAAGAGCCGAUGCAGUACCUCAGAGAAGUCGUGGCACGUGCUUUAGCCUUAGAGGGCUGGGUGGAGCGCUCCGCCAGACAGACCCUUCUAUCUGACGUCCUGGAUCUAUCCGAGCUCUUUCAUCCUGACACUUUCCUCAACGCUCUGAGACAACAAACUGCCAGGUCUAUGGGAUGUUCUAUGGAUAAUUUGUUUUUUGCAACGUCGUGGAAGACACAGAUUGCGCAGGCCAAGAUACAAGUCAAGGUGGGGGGUCUGCAGUUAGAAGGGUGUAGCUUUGACGGAGCUCAUCUCAGCGAGAACAAGCACGACUCUCCCAGUGUGUCCGCUGUGCCGCCCUGCUACAUGGCCUGGGUCCCACAGAAGACGUCUGCUGAGCACGGCUCCUCAGAAGACAGGAUCUGGCUCCCUCUCUACACCACACGGGAGCAGCCUUCUUUCUCAAGCAACAAUGAGGAGGCGGGCUGGUCGGUGAAAGACCGACAGCCGCCACAACCAGAAGUUCCCUCCGUCCUGCUCUUGCAUCAUAAUUUUGUGUGCAAAUUGGCGUAUCUCAUAAGGCUGGACACCGGUGUGAGCGAGUGGAGGAAAGAGGAGGCGCAGCGGUGUUGUGUGCAGCGCUGUGUGACAAACGCUUGUGAAAUGGAACAGCAGGUGGUGUUUGACGAGAGCCCUCCAGGACCGGCCCGGUGCUCUUGCGGCUCGGGCCUCCUGCUGGGAUCAGAACAGGCCCACUGCAGGCUCACACUGGCAUCACACAACGCACUGGGAUGUUCUGUGCUGGAGCGUUUGAGCGGGAAGUGA